AUUUUCACAACGCCGGCGACGUCUGUUCUAUACCCUCAGUAUAGGUCUCUCCGAAACAGCCCUGGUGCCGUCGGCAUGUAUGUUUCUUCGAUACUGCCUCUUUCUGACUGAUAAGCGAACAUCAGCUGGUUUCCGGGGUCUCCUUUCUGGCUGAGAUGUGUAUGAUAUCUCUAGAUCCGCUUCUCCUAGUACGAAUGCAGGCAGGAAUAUCUCCAGCUACGGAUCAUUGACCCAACCCGUUUGUAUCCUACCGGUAUGCGCAUGAUGGUGAGCUUGAGGCCCCACCAUUGCCCGCAGGAACUCAUGAAAACGAUGCACGCAAAUCGGGCCUGUUGACGAUGAGUUUCGCGGUUCGGUAUUUUUCGGCAUGUUGGAACAGGAAAUUUCGCUAAAUUUCGCCACAAAAGACGUUGAUCGAGUUUAUGGCAGUAGAUGACGCGUCCGGUCGAUCACGGUGGUCAAUAUGGACCAACACGCGUCAUUAUUCGACCAAACCUUGAUUACCAACAACUGUCAACGCAAACAGCUGCAGGCAAGAAUUCUUGGUAUAAAGACGAAGGAUCGGUUUGAGAGGAUAGUCUCCUCCCUUCUUCACCCCACGAUGACAUUCAGUCGCCAGCCGCCAGCCGCCAGCCAUGUUUCGUCGGCUACUCAUACCAUCAAGCAGGACGGUGAAGCUAGGAUAUCUGAGGAGGAAAUCGUAGAUAUUGUCGCCGAGAAGAGAUUACUCAGGCGACUCGAUAUUCGAAUCAUUCCCAGCUUCGCGUUGAUGCUCCUUCUUAGCUCUCUGGCAAGCGGCAAUGUUGGAAAUGCCAUAGUUCUCAAUGCAGAGACUGGCGAUUCUCUCCUUCAGGUGCUGCAUAUCACUGAAAACCAGUUUCUCGCCAUAGCCUGCGCUUCUCUGGCGUCGUAUACGCUGUUUCAAAUUCCAUCAAGUUAUAUGCUCAAAUACUUCUCGCCACCAUACUGGCUCGCAUUUCUCAUGCUAGGAUGGGGGGCGACUCUGAUGACCAUGGCGGCCUCUCAAAACUAUAUCACAGUACUCGUUCUACGUCUUGUAUUGGGUGCGUUCGAAGCAGGCAUUGCUCCUGGCAUGAUCUACUUCUUCACAUUCUGGUAUCGACUUCAGGAGAGGGCCCUUCGCAUUUCGCUAAUAGUAGCGUCAUCGCCUCUUGGGGCCGCAUUCGGUGGAUGCAUUGCAUAUGGAGUAGGUCAUCUAAACGGCGUUCGGGGUCUUGAAGGCUGGCGAUGGUUGUUCCUCUUCGAGGGCGCACCAUCGUGCUUACUCGCAAUCUUCGUAUACCUUUUCUUACCCUCCUACCCGGAAACAUCAACAUGGCUCUCCCCCGACGAUCGUGCUCUUGCCGUCCGCCGAAUGAAACAAGAGUCGUCCAAGUCUGUGGGAUAUGCAAAGGUAACGUGGGACGGCGCGAAAUUGACUUUGAAAGAUGGGAGGUUGUAUUUGCACUACCUGCUGGGUAUAGUUGCACUGGUUCCGCUCUCCAGCAUAUUACUAUUUGCGCCAACAAUUAUCUAUGGCCUCGGAUACGAAGGGCAGGAAGCACAGCUCCUGACUAUACCACCAUAUGCGGCCGCAUUCGUCGCUACUGUUGCGACAUCGUGGCUUUCCGACAGGUAUAAGGCGUGGUCAAAGUGUGGAGUAGUAUCAAUGACUCUAGCAGGUGUGACAUUCAUCGUUCAAGGCAUGCCCCGAUCUUUGUGUGUCCUACCGCCGACGUCGUUCAAAGCACGAUAUGCUCUACUCUGCUUAGGAUUGAUGUUCUCGUUUAUGUAUUCUCCAUCGUUAUCGGUCUGGUUUACUGGAAAUUUGAGGGAUACGAACGCCACGACACUGGCUAUUCCGAUCAGUGCAGCAUGUGGGACUGUGGGGCAGGUCGUUGGAAUCUUCAUAUACAGACCUAGUGAGGCACCGGGAUACCCUACGGGGCAUUAUACAAAUGCAGCAUUGUUGUUCACUGGUGCGAUAGGUACACAGGUCUUGAGAAUGAUUUACACCAAGAGGAAUAGACAUUUGGCGGUCGGGGAGAGUCCUUGGAUCGUGUAGUAUUUUCGUUUUGACGCGUUUUAUGCAUUAUAAAUUAUCAUUACAGCCUGUGCAGCCUGUGCUCCAUGAAAUCAUUAAUGUAUUUCUUUCAGGGAUUGAUC